AUUCGGACAUAGAAUAUCAAUCAUAUUUUCCUACAACAACAAAAAAAUCUUCCGAUGAGGUUGAAAUUGAACUAAUUGAUAAAUUUCUCACGGAUUAUUUUAAUCUAAGUCCAAAGAUUAACCUACGUGAAUGUUAUGAUCGUUGGAGCAUGGCGGAUAAACAUUUUGCAAAAAUAGCUUGUCAGUUUAAAGGAAUUAGAAUACUACGUCAAGAUCCUGUUGAAAACUUGUUCUGCUUUAUUUGUUCUACUAAUAAUAAUAUCAUUCGGAUUUCUCAAAUGUUAGGAUUUGGUUAUAGGGCAAAAUAUAUUACGCAAACGGCAAAAUAUUUGACGGAAAAUUAUUCCGAUGGAGAAAAAUGGUUAUCUUCAUUACGAAAUGUGGAUUAUAAAGAGGCACAUUCGGCUUUAUUAAAACUUUCCGGUUGCUUAAUGUCUUUAGAUAAACAUAACGCAAUUCCCAUUGAUACACAUGUCUGGCAAAUUGCUAAACGAGAAUAUGGAUUUAAUACAAAAGGAACAGCCACAAAAACGUUAACCACUCGGUUGUAUGAAGCUAUAGGAGAUCAUUUUCGGAAUUUGUUUGGUGAUUAUACUUUUCAAGAUAGGCAGUCCUUUACCGCGAUUGAUACAAUGUUUAAGAGUGAUUUAUCUAAGAGUGAAUUAGAUUCGUCUGGUUUGAUAGAAUCUGAUCAAAUAGUUAUCACCAAGAAAAAAUCACGUUCUAAAAACAUUCAAGAAGAAUCAAUAUUAUUGA